AGGCGGAGUCCACAACCGCCCAGCCCGUUGAGGCGGAUGUCAGCACCGCCAAGCGCUCCACCGUGAAUUUCAGGCUGCCCCAGCCCUCCGCGGGACCCGGCCUAGGGAGGAGCUCGCUGAUCUCCGGCGUCAGCGAUGCCACGGACGCGGGGGACCGCGCGGCCCAGCAGCUCGCGGCGCCCCGGGCCGUCAGCGCGGCCACGGACAGCGGAGGAGAGUACGACGAGAGAGACACGCAGAUCAGCUCGGAGACGAACGAGGGGCGCACCGCUCACCUCACGAGAGGAUUCAGCUCGGUGAACGAGAGGUCACGGUUCGACGCCAAGGUGAGGAACACGAUCGGGGUCAUGAGCCCUGUCGCUGUCAAAUCGCCGGCACAAGAGGGGCAUUUUGUUCGGUUCGUGAAGAGCCGUUCUUUCACAGUGGUUUUCGCAGUUCUGAUUGUAUUGAGCACGUUGUUGAUCGGUAUAGAGACCCAGGUUCUUUCUAGCUUGUCCGUCCAAGGGCCAGGUUCGAAAGAGGUAUUGUCAACACUGUCGACAAUGAAUUAUGCCAUCACGUUCUUGUUCACAAUGGAGAUUGUAGCAAAACUGUACGUGUUCAGAACUGAUUUUUUUAUCGAGGACAGAGCGUGGAAUUGCAUCGACUUGAUCAUCUUGCUUCUGGCGCUCACCGAGGUUGCCCUUGAGGUUGCUCUGGAGUUCACUCGAAGCGAACCGAACAUGUUCGAGAACGGUGGAACAGCGAAGAUGCUUCGCCUCUUUCGCCUCAGUCGGCUUCUUCGUCUUCUUCGGACGUUCCGCCAGCUUAAGCCGUUGCGGAUGUUGGUGCAGUCUAUAUUGUUCGCCGGUAGGUCAGUCUUUUGGGCACUUAUGUUGCUCAUCAUGAUCGUGUACGCUUUUGGAGUGAUUUUGACGCAGGCCGUGACGGAACACACCAAAGGUGGCACGCAAAUCGAGGACGAUGACUUGAUAUUGCGCGGUGGCGGAUUUCGGAGACUUGUAUCGGUCGAUGCUGAGCCUUUGGAUGGCCGUCUCUGGAGGUAUCAAUUGGAUUUACCUCACCGACUCACUGCACAAGACUGGGAAUUCUACGUGGAUCGUCUUAUUUCUGGCGUACAUUAUUUUCGUGUACUUCUUCAUUCAAGACGCGUCUUCUGUCAGAACGCCUUCGAAGGGGCUCAGCGAGAUUUGGACCUCUCCAUCGAGGCUCAGCUCAGAGAGAAGCAGACGUACGUCGACCGGUUGGAGCUGCUCUUCCGGGAGAUGAGGGAAGACAGUUCCGAUGGCGCAAGUAAUGAGCUGACAGCAGCUGAGCUCCACUUCCAGUUGGCAAAGCCCAAAGUGCAGUCAUGGUUCAGGAUCGACAUUGACGUGAAGCAGACAUGGAAGCUCUUCAAGAUCCUCGACAUAAACAAUUCGGGCCGCGUCAGUCUCGACGACUUCGUCGAAGGGUGCCUGACGCUGAGGGGGCAAGCUACGCGCGUCGACGUGGAGUCGCUGAAGUGGGAGAUCAGGGGGGCCACCAUCCAUGCGGAAGAGGCCACCGAGAGGCUUGCUAAGCUGACCAGGCACAUUCAAGACUCGAAGGCCUCGUCCACCAGAGGGGAACGGCAGCAUUCGGUGAUGUGAGUCGCGAGCCGACGGGAGGCAGAGAGGCAGCAUCCUUGCGCGAGGCAGGCGGAAGUAGGCACGGGCUAGACAGCGAUAGUUUUUCCAGCUUCGGGACACCGGGUGUGCAUACGUACACCGUUCUGCUGCCACCGACCCAGCGCCACGUUGGUUUGAGUAGUUUGUAAACGUGUGCUGUUGCUUGUCACAGAGCUUGCGAUGUUCGCCCGUAGCUGUUUUUCCUGACUUCCGCCUCCUCCUUUCCUCCUCCCUCGCCCCUUUCAUUUUUACCAUUGGCGCUCCAACAGCAGAUGUAGAGCAAUUCGCAACACUCAGUCUAACUGAACGUUUAAAAAUCCUCGAGUCUCACCGUAAAUGGUAGAGCGAAGGCAAUUCGGGGCUCCCAGGGAGGGCACGCCUUGUUUUCCUAAGCCUGAGCGCGCACUGCAGG